UCUACGUAGACGGUAUAUAGUGAUGAUUUAGAUGUUUAGCUUGCAUGAAAUUCUGGUGUUGUCCAUUGCAGGUCUACCUGGUUGAGUAGAGAAGAAUUUAUCUGCCUGGAAAUAAGGGCAGCUCGGAAUGUCACCGAGGCGGUUCCGGGAUUCUAAACUAGUGCAGCAUGAGGGAAGGAUGAUGCUUGAGGGCAGCAUUUCGGUCAGCACUAGGCGUCCAUGCCUCUCUGUAUUGUGUAGAUCGUUAUUCCUGGCUGUAGGGUGACUGACUGACAUCUGGCGCUUUUCGAUGUGUCUACGGAUUAUACUCUACUCCGUACAGCUACAGCAGCAGCAGCACAGCUCGCCUCAAAAAUGGCGUCUGAUGUGUGUCGGACUGAUCAUCGAGACUGAUCCGCCAUGAUAUCAUGCAUCUACACAUCACAAGACUAAUCGAUGUCAGAUGACAAGAUCCAUCCGCCCGCUGCCACUCACUGGCAGACAGAUCACUCACCUGCAGGCGCCUCAAAUCUUGGAGUUCGAGUUCAUCUGCAGAAUGCACCCACAGGGAGUGGCUGAUGUACGCGAGGCCCGUAGCGAUCACAUUCACACACAAUGUAGUGACUCAUAUUUAGUCAGAGCAGCAUGGAAGAUGUGACUUGACACGCAGACCGGGUUUCAGCCUCUCAGUCUGACCGCUCGUUAUUCUGGGGCCGGCACUUGCAGAAUAGAUGGUUGGAUGAAUUUUUAGCAUCCGGGCGAUCUUCCAACUCCGCUGCAGCGAACGAAAGUUGAGACAUGAGAACGCUGCAGCUGGAUAUAAUGCCUCUGAUUUGAUGGACGAAGCCUGCGCGCAUAUCCCGUAUCGACUUACUCCGCAGAUACUUACCUUCCUUGUAGUCCAGGCCGCAGGUACAUCCUCAAUCCCGGAGUAACUACGGCGGCUAUACUCGGUAUACUAUACUGGCGCUUUCUGCACGAAAUCACGCUCUGUCCUUGAUCGACCGGGUUUCCUGCAUUGGCUCAGGGUCCGUGUGGCCUGAAAAGAUAGCGAUGGCUGUGGCUGUGAGGUCGGAGGUAUUAGGAUGGGUAACUGGGUGAGCCAACACGGCAACACCCCCACAGAGUAACGGUGCCAUCGCCGUACAAAACCGAGCCAAUCUCCUCGACGAUUCAUAUUAUGUCCUGGGGCUGAGGGGCAGGGGGCUGGGCUGGUUGCUUACGCGCGUCUCUGCUCGUGGGCAGACCGUGCCAUAGUGUCGGAGCAGUAUACCAAGAGGGAUAACAAUCAAUCGGGGGCCCGAUACCUGAAGCUCGGCUCCGCCGUUUUCCCACUCUUUCCCCCUCGUGCUAAAUCCUUCGCUUAUCGGAUCGAUGGGCUUGGGGGCCGUUGGACUUGGAUAACCUUGUCUUGAUGGCGUAGGAGGGCUCCAUGAAUUGGGGGGUCAUUUCCGCCAGUGUGGCAACUAGAAACACACUUAGUAGACUAGGACAGCGCCCAGAGCGGCGUUAACUACCCCAAAGAGGAAGUCUUUCACAGGAUAGCACAUCCUAGACGGACCCGAGAAACCGGAAUCGAGGUCACCAGGGCCUUGACUAGCAUUCCCAGCUAAGGGGAUCUAAGUGGCGCCAUGGCUAGCAUCGGCGGCACGAUAGAAUCCAGUCAGUCUCAGACUGUGGAAAACCCCCUUGGCCAGAAGGAAUGCAAGAAUGGAGCAGGGUUGACCUUAGGGCUUCCACAUCGUAGCCGAUCAGCAUGCCACAGAACCGAUCAUCCGUCGAGAGGGAAACUGUGAUAAGCUGGCAGGAUAGCAGACAGGGAUAUGGCAGCCGAUGGCGAUGCCUGAGAGGCGGGUUUGGCCACGUUGGGCGGCGGCGGGGAAGGAAACAAUGAUGGGCUAAGUGUGGUGGCGGGUUGCUGGCGAGCAUCCUACCACGCCCUCAUGAUUUACCAUACAGAGAGACUAGCGCUGGCGUGAUCCUACGGGAGUACACGGUGUCCAGCGAGUGGAGGGUCGCUUGAAGCAAGUCGAGAUGUCAAUGGAGGAGAAAAGCUGGAGCCCCUCAGGGGAGGAAUUCCCGCCUCCACUUGGGGAUCCGAAUGGACCCCAUCCAAUAUCGGCGACUCCGUGGAUGACGGAGACGGUGUAGUAGAGUUCAUUGUUUCAAGCAGUCUUUGUUGCAAUGCUUUGUUUCCAGUUUUCCCACGCAGCAAACGCACGCGAUGAUGUGAUGAUGCUGGAGAUCGCUCAACGGCGCGUUGCUCGUCGAAUAUUGCACCAAUCAGUGCUGUAUCCCCGCACUCCCGAUCGAGGCCAUGGCGGUGUCGAUCUUAUUGGGAAGUUCGAGAAGAGUGAUUGGAGAGGAUCAACGGGAGUCAACCAGUAUAUCCAGUAAUGAGUGAGUACUGCGUAGACUGCAGGGGGUGGGAAAGAAGCUGCCUUUGGUCGUGGCAAACCGGGCCGCAUCGAGGCGCGGGUUGGAAUGGGCGCAACUGCAAUCCCUUUCGUACUAUUCAUCUAUCUCACGAUCCACUGGAGUUGGAGAGCAAUCCUCCAUCUUUCUCCUCUCCACCAGUAGGUGGCCUUCCUGCAGACCCUCAAACUUUGAAGCGAGCGUCAGCCAGGCUGCUUGCUAGCCAGCCAGCCAGCAUCAGCACUCGGCAGCUUGACGCCCAACAUGGACGAUAAUCCUGAACCCUGUUGUUGCGCAGCCCGACCGAUUGGCACGUAAAACCCCCGACCGCCAGCCAGCCAGAUGAUCCGCAACGGAAAUGCCCGACCGUCGCAAAGAACAGCCCCAGGAGAAAAAAGAAGGGCUCGGAUCACCAAUCAGUCCGGUUGAUCAGCAUCCCAUCUCGCGUUGGCGAUUUCCCACCUGCAGCAGAUGUCGCUGACUGGCUGGCUCGGCUGCGGGUUACUUUAGUGUCUGUGUGUUCUGGAGUCUUUUAUGUCCUGAUCAUCCCGAGCAUCCACUAAGACCUUUAAGAGUAACAGCCUGUUAGAUGACACUCUUGAGUCUGACAGUAGAGUUAGGAGGAUGGGGUCGAGGAAUGGCAGGACCUACUAUAUUGCAUCUGCUAUGGAGUUAAUAUUCAGCCCUUCCGUUGGUUGGCUGAUUGCUUGAUUGAUGAUG